CAUCUCACAUUCGUUUGUCAUUUGUUUUCUUCUGACCGUCCCCUGUGUGGGUUGCAUUCAUUUAUUGCAAUUGGAAUAUUUGCACAGUGAAUGUGUUAUCAAUGAGCGAAUUGUCAGCAUCGCGAUAAGAUGGAUCUAUCCGGCUACAAUGGCAAGACACAUCAGGAGCGACGAUUUCCACGCGCGAUGCUGAAGUUUAAGUUCUGGUUCAAUACGACGCGAGCGUCGCGCGACCCGGAGGCCUGCGACGACGACAACACCACCAAGAGUCGCACGGCGAAGAUCCUGCGCAGUUUUAAGCGCACCUUCCGGCGCUCCGGUGGGCGAUAUCGCGACAGCAAACUCUACCAGGCAUCCGUACAGACGAAUCAAGAACCUAUGCCGAUGGCUCAACAGCCAGAACCUGCCCCAGUUCCACCACCAAGAAAUCUUCAGCCUGCUGAGGAAGCUGUCAGACCUCCACAGGUGGGUAAAUUAGUCCUGGAACGCUUCAACCUAUCAAAACACGGCUGGUAUUGGGGUCCGCUCAGCAAACGCGAAGCUCAAGAGCACCUCUGCAGUGAACCGGACGGCGCAUUCCUCGUCCGCGAUUCCAGCUCACAGAACCACAUCUACACCUUAAGUCUACGCUCCUACGGCUACACGAUGCACACAUACAUCGAGUAUGAGAACGGCUCGUUUAAACUCGGCCCGCUGGAGCGCCCCAGCGUUCCGGAGCUGAUAAACUACGCUCAAACCCUCUCGGCUGACUCCAUCCUCAGCUACAGCGUUCACGAUCCGCCCACGCCCAUUCGCCUGUUGAAGCCCGUCUCGCGUAACAUGGAGGUGCGCAGCCUGAUGCACCUGUGUCGCUUCGUCGUGCGACAGCAUUGCAAUGUGAACGCCAUUGAAGAGCUGCCACUGCCCGCCACACUCAAACACUAUCUCCGCCAGGGGCAGUACUGACAUCCGCACAAACGAGAGUAUUUUUGAUACGAUAACAUUUCAUCAGCGAUAUUUAUUAGUUUUUAAUGCGUGGAUGUCCACACACACCGAGCUCAAAGUGUUUCGUUUCAUUUUGAAUCUGGUGAAGCAUUGUUUUAUUACCUUUUUAUUACUGUUAAAAAAUGUCAUAUUUUAACCGCUACGUUAGAAGCAAAGUUUAUUCUAUAAUCUGGUUAUUGAUAAUGAAUGUGAUAAUUGAAUGAUAAUAAGGAAGGGCAUGUUUUCUUUUCGAAAUAUAGUGAACUAGGCUUAAA